AAUUCUCAUGGAAAUGGAACUUUCCAGAAACCAGAGAUUCGGAAGCCGUCCAAUCAAAUCCGACGACAGUCGCGAAUCCAAUAUUGAAAUGAGAACUAAUUACCGACACCAUCUGACGGUUGAGCUUGGUGCCGGAAUUCAUGGCUUCCAGAUUAUUGGCAGCAGCAUCUGAGAGAAUCGUGCCCGUGGUGAGGCGGCAAGCCCUGACCUUGACCGAAGCCGCCGCUGCCAGAAUACGCCACCUGCUGGAGCAACGCCAACGACCGUUCUUGCAGUUGGGCGUCAAGGCUCGCGGCUGCAAUGGCUUAUCCUACACCCUCAAUUAUGCUGAUGAGAAAGGGAAAUUUGAUGAGUUGGUUGAGGACAAGGGUGUGAAGAUACUUAUUGAUCCAAAAGCUUUGAUGCAUGUCAUUGGAACCAAGAUGGAUUUUGUAGAUGACAAACUCAGGUCUGAGUUCAUAUUUAUCAAUCCAAACUCAAAAGGGCAGUGUGGUUGUGGUGAAUCUUUCUUAACUGCAAGCUCUGGAGCUACUAGUCAGGGUGGUAGUUAGGCAACGCUCCAUGGUUAUAUGAUAUUUCCAGAUGUGAACUACCCCAUUUGAUUGACACGGAGCAUGGAUAAGUGCAUGCAGAAAUUGUGGAACAUCAUUUAGUUCACAUGCUUGUGGGGGAUUUUAUAGCUGCUAAAGUGAAUAUGAGUUCACAUUUUUUAAGUAAAUCUGAUGCCAAUUUGGCAUCUAGAGUCCUUGUUGCACCAUUGCAAUGUUCAUGCGAAUUGUGAUUAUUCUAAUUGCGAAAAUUCUUUUUUUUUUUAUAUAAAGUUUUAGUCCAACU